GCUUGCUUGAGCCCGUCAUAGCACAGAGGGCUGGACUUGAUAACUUCUUGAGUUUCCUUGUAGGCCUUCCUUUGUAUUCUUCUAUGCUUUCUUCCAUGCUACUCCUUGCUCCCCAUAAACAUCCAGAGACCUACUUGGUUAGCCCCUUUCCCAUUCCUCCGUCCAACUCCACAGUUCUAUGAAGCUUUCAAACAUGUGACAGUGAUUAGGUGGUUUGUAUGCUGAGACCACUGUCUAUAAGGGUGACAAAUGUCUUAUUGUUUUCUUAUGCUCCCCCAUCACUGUUCAUGGCCAUUGCACCUGUAUUCCCCUCUGUGGUCCAGCAAGGGCACCCACUCUCAGGCUGCCUAGAUGUCACCUCUCUUGAGUAGAAACCUACAUCUCUCUCCUGACUGGGAUCUCCAGGACUCAGAGGAAAGAAAGCUCCUGAUAGGCAGCUAUAUAGCAGGUGAUGGGAUGGUGAGAGAGAUCAUGGAGCAGAAUCCUCAGCAGGAAGACGAUGAAGUGGAGCCACAAGGGUCUUUAUUGCAAAGAUCCAAAGGGAGUGUGUCCAGGACUUGUGAGCAGGGAAAAGCCUGUGAGAGUCACCACAGGCCAGAGAAGCAGCAGGGAAACCAGCCAAUACAGAAAGUUGGUAAAUCUGUUAAUGAUCAGGGAACUCACAAAGGCCACAAGGAAACCACGGUGCAGCAGAGAAUCCCCAUGGAAGAGAGAAAUAAUGCACGUGUUGAGUGUGGGAAAAAGUUCAGUAGGCGCUCGCGUCAUGUUAAACAUGAGAGAAUCCAUAAAGGGGAGAAACCCUAUGAAUGCUGCGAGUGUGGGAAAACCUUCACUAAGCGCUCAACCCUUAUUACCCAUCAGAGGAUCCACACUGGGGAGAAACCAUAUGAAUGUUGUGAGUGCGGGAAAACCUUCCCUCAGCGCUCAACCCUUAUUAGUCAUCAGAGGAUCCACACCGGGGAGAAACCCUAUGAAUGCUGUGAGUGUGGGAAAACCUUCACUGAGCGUUCAAGCCUCAUUGACCAUCAGCGAAUCCACACAGGGGAGAAACCCUAUGAAUGCUGUGAGUGUGGGAAAACCUUCUCUCAGAGAUCAACCCUUACUAACCAUCAAAGGAUCCACACAGGGGAGAAACCCUUUGAAUGCUGUGAGUGCAGGAAAACCUUCACUCGGAGUUCAGCCUUAAUUAACCAUCAGAGGAUCCAUACAGGGGAGAAACCCUAUGAAUGCUAUGAGUGUGGAAAAACCUUUGCUUGGAGCUCAGUCCUCAUUAACCAUCAGAGGAUCCACACAGGGNGUUCUUAUGUUCUUAGAGGAAGGAGCGUGGGGGAUUAUAGUGAUUGGCAGGGCGAGCUGCCUCUCUGUGCCCUUCUCACCUCUCUGAGUGUCCCCACUCAGCUGUCAGAUCUCCAGGACUCAGAGGAAAGAAAGCUCCUGAUAGGCAGCUAUAUAGGUGAUGGGAUGGUGAGAGAGAUCAUGGAGCAGAAUCCUCAGCAGGAAGACGAUGAAGUGGAGCCACAAGGGUCUUUAUUGCAAAGAUCCAAAGGGAGUGUGUCCAGGACUUGUGAGCAGGGAAAAGCCUGUGAGAGUCACCACAGGCCAGAGAAGCAGCAGGGAAACCAGCCAAUACAGAAAGUUGGUAAAUCUGUUAAUGAUCAGGGAACUCACAAAGGCCACAAGGAAACCACGGUGCAGCAGAGAAUCCCCAUGGAAGAGAGAAAUAAUGCACGUGUUGAGUGUGGGAAAAAGUUCAGUAGGCGCUCGCGUCAUGUUAAACAUGAGAGAAUCCAUAAAGGGGAGAAACCCUAUGAAUGCUGCGAGUGUGGGAAAACCUUCACUAAGCGCUCAACCCUUAUUACCCAUCAGAGGAUCCACACUGGGGAGAAACCAUAUGAAUGUUGUGAGUGCGGGAAAACCUUCCCUCAGCGCUCAACCCUUAUUAGUCAUCAGAGGAUCCACACCGGGGAGAAACCCUAUGAAUGCUGUGAGUGUGGGAAAACCUUCACUGAGCGUUCAAGCCUCAUUGACCAUCAGCGAAUCCACACAGGGGAGAAACCCUAUGAAUGCUGUGAGUGUGGGAAAACCUUCUCUCAGAGAUCAACCCUUACUAACCAUCAAAGGAUCCACACAGGGGAGAAACCCUUUGAAUGCUGUGAGUGCAGGAAAACCUUCACUCGGAGUUCAGCCUUAAUUAACCAUCAGAGGAUCCAUACAGGGGAGAAACCCUAUGAAUGCUAUGAGUGUGGAAAAACCUUUGCUUGGAGCUCAGUCCUCAUUAACCAUCAGAGGAUCCACACAGGGGAGAAACCCUAUGCAUGCUGUGAGUGUGGGAAAACUUUCACUGAGCGCUCAUCCCUUAUUAAGCAUCAGAGGAUCCACACAGGGGAAAGGCCCUAUGCAUGCUGUGAGUGUGGGAAAUCUUUCACUGAGCGCUCAACCCUUAUUAAGCAUCAGAGGAUCCACACAGGGGAAAGGCCCUAUGAUUGCAGAGAGUGUGGGAAAACCUUCCCUCAGAGCUCAGCCCUUACUAGCCAUCAGAUGAUCCACACUGGGGAAAAACCAUAUAAAUGCUGUGAGUGCAGGAAAACCUUCCUUCAGCACUCACACCUUAUUAGACAUCAGAAGAUCCACACAGGUGAGAAAUCCUAUGAAUGCACCAAGUGUGGGAAAUUCUUCCAUCAAAGCUCAGCCUUUAUUUAUCAUCAGAGAAGCUGCAAGAGAGAGAAACACCAUAAAAACCUUGGUGCCAUCUUGACACAAAGGGAUGCUGCCUCCAGAAUGACCUGUCUCAGAGUGAUGGAGCUGUGGGGAACACCCUUCCAAACAGCAAAGCCUCGGUUCCCACUUUCCAAACCUGAUGUCAUCUUCCAGCUGGAACGAGGAGAAGAGCCGUGGGCCCUAGAUCUCCAGGGCUCAGAGGAAAGAGAGAUCCUGAGAAGCAGUUGCAUGGCAGAUGAGGGGAUGGUGAGAGAGACCGUGGAGCAGACGCCUCAGCAGGAAGAGGAGCAAGUGGAAGCGUGUGGGGCGUUGUUGCAAAGAUGCAAAGGGAGUGUGUCCAUGAGUUGUGAGCAGGGAAAAGGUUCUCAGGGGCAGCACAGGCCAGAGAAUUGGCAGGGAAACCAGCCAGCACAGAAAGUUGGAAUAUCUGUUAAUUAUCGGGAAACUCACAGAGGCCUCAAGGACGCCACAGCCCAGCAGAGAAUCCUUACAGGAGAGAGAAAUAACACAGGCUUUGAGAGUGGGAAAAAGUUCAGGAGGCGCUCACACCAUCAGAGAAUCCACACCGGAGUGAGACCCUAUGGAUGCUGCGAGUGCGGGAAAACCUUCACUGAGCGCUCAACUCUUACUCGCCAUCAGAGGAUCCACACAGGGGAGAAACCCCAUGAAUGUUGCGAGUGCGGGAAAACAUUCGCUCAGCGCUCACACCUUAUUUGCCAUCAGAGGAUGCACACAGGGGAGAAACCCUAUGGAUGCUGUGAGUGCGGGAAAACCUUCACUCGGAGCUCAGGCCUUAUUCGCCAUCAGAGGAUCCACACAGGGGAGAAACCUUAUGGAUGUUGUGAGUGCGGGAAAACCUUCACUGAGCACUCGCACCUUAUGUGCCAUCAGAGAAUCCACAGAGGGCAGCGCCCCUAUGGAUGCUGUGAGUGUGGGAAAACCUUCACUCAGCAUUCAAAUCUCAUUGCGCAUCAGAGGAGUCACACAAGGGAGAAACCCUAUAAAUGCUAUGAGUGUGGGAAAACCUUCUCUUGGCACUCUGCUCUUAUAAAACAUUGGAGGAUCCACACAGGUGAGAAACCCUACAAAUGCCGUGAGUGUGGGAAAACCUUCAUUGACAGCUCACACCUUACUUGCCAUCAGAGAAUCCACACAGGGGAGAAACCCUAUGGAUGCUGUGAGUGCGGGAAAACCUUCGCUCGGAAAUCUGGCCUUAUUACGCAUCAGAGGAUUCACACAGGGGAGAAACCUUAUGAAUGCCGUGAGUGCGGGAAAACCUUCCAUCACAGCUUUUCUCUUAUGUAUCACCAGAGAAGGUGCAAGGGAGAUAAACACCAUGAAAAUCUUGUCUAGGACUCAGGAUUUUUUUCCCCUCCUUUUCUUAAUUCAAAGUAGUGAACUUUAAGGCAGCAUUUGUGGCAUCUCAGCUCCCUCACCACUGGAUACAACCUCCAUCACUUUUCCUAGUCUAACCAAUUUUGGAGCAUCACGUUUAUACUUUUCCUCCCACUGCAGUGAUUGUUAGUCACCAGGUUCCCUCAUUAGGGACAGAUUGCCUCGUUCCCAGAUUGCACUGGGUUCUGCUGAAUAGCAGUUGGGUCUUGUACCCUUUUUCCUCGAUGUAAAUAUAACAGAGAAGGAGCGGGGAUAGAGAGUGUGAUGAAGUGGGGAUUUUCCCUUA